CUCUUCAACAACAAAGCGCGAAUGAGCGAACGCAAACCACAGGUUUCGGUUUGACGGACCGUUUUUCUAGAGGACAACAAAUACGAGAACAAGGCGUUGGUAAUCGCAGUACGGUGCGGUAUGAGCCCGUACUGCUCUACUGUAUGUUGUCUGCAGCGACGACCAGAGCAAUUCCUGUAGACGAGAAAGUAUUCGAUCCCUCAACCUUGUUGGUCUCUGUCGCACGGUACAAUUCAUCGAAACCAUGGCUUCUAUGCAGUUCAACACAUUCGGUACGUAACACGGGGGUCUUCGCCAUUGCUUUGGAAGCACGGGUGUCGAAUCCCGCUGCCGCAGCCGUGUCGCACUUUCCCCCCGAUCCGAGCGGCGUGCAGUUGGAGCAGCACUCAUUUAUGACGUCGCAUCCCGUUGUUGAUUUCGCGUUCUUGUCGCGUGCUUCUUACAUCAAUUCCCGCUUACGCUUUCCUGCAUUUGCAACACAACUGCAACAACACAGACGCCUUUGAKGACGCCGAGGACAAGGGAGGCGGCGCCUCGGAAGAGAAAGUCCACGUUCGUGUCCAGCAGCGAAACGGAAGAAAAUGUAUCACGACCGUCGCCGGCCUUGCCGACGACCUCGACAUCAAGCGAAUUUGCAAGGCUUUCAAAAAGAAUUUCAAUUGCAACGGUGCCGUACAGAAGGACGAAGACGCGGGAGAAGUCAUCCAGCUUUCUGGUGACCAAAGAACAAACGUUAAGCAAUUCCUUGUGGAUCAAGAAAUCUGCCACGCUCUUAGCAUUGUGUUGCACGGUUUUUAAACGCAACAACGGCAACAAUUGCAGAAUCGAUUGUUCGAUCCGUCCAUCUACUGCGGCGCGUUUUCGAAACGUUUCGUUUUAUGGAAAAUUUUUCAAUCAAACUACGAGAUGAUUCUUGAAUCAUGGAGAAGCCGAUGUGAACUGAAUAUUUAUUAGAUCUCAAACUGGGAAUAACGUUUUACUAAUAUAUUCUAGAUACAUGG